CCAAAAUUGUCGCACUCAUCCUCGUGUCCAUCCAUCCAUUCAUCCACAAGCGAGACGCCCCACGGGCCCUUGAUGCAUGAGAAAGGCACGCAUACGGCGGGGGCGGAAACAAAAGCCAAUCAGGCGGAGCAAUAGGGACGAAAAAGACUAUAUGUGCACCCCUCCCUCCCUCCCUCCCUCCCCCUGUCGUCGGUCAGUCAGCGUCUGUCUACGCGCCGCGCCUCUGCGGUGCCAUUCCCCAUGGAGCCAUCGUGACGAAUUCCUCAGACGCCGUCGGAUGAAUCGCCACACAGCUGUCAAAAUCGGCCUUGGUCGCACCCUGAUUGCAUGUGUGUGGCAACACAUCAGUCAGUCAACACACACAGCAGCAGCAGCAGGUCCCGGCGCUGUUUGUUUGCAGGCGAGACUGUGACUGUGUCUACCGUACCAUUUUGAGGGCAAUGCCGAACCCCUGGAGCAUUUCGUCAGCCCCCAUUCCUGACAAACACGCACAGGGCAAACGAAACACGCCAAGGUGUGAAGGUCAAGGUGAAGGUGUGAGCGUGUCGGCUGCCUCUUCCAGUCUUACCGAUGACGUGGAGUGCGAUGAUUUUCUCCUCGGGCAGCAGGCACACGAGCUUCAUGGCCGUCUUGGGCUUCUCCUCGGGGGCGACCGUCCAGGGGCCGUAAUACAGAUUGGGGAACGUCGCCUUGUACACCUGCAGCCAGCCCAAAUGCAGCUAGCUUGUGCAUUGCGUGGGGAUGAAUGGAAUGUCUUCUCCCGUGCGUGGCGUGACGUUGACGUCAGUCGCUCACCUUGAUGUUGUCCUCCCCGUAUUUCUUCUUGCACUCUUCCUCAGUGGGGCCAAUCGUGCCUGCAGAGCACAAGAAGCGAGCAUCGAUCCAUCCAUCCAUCCAUCGCUCUGUGUGGGUGUCUGUCUACCGAUGGUAGGGUGUGAGAAGAUGACGGUGGGGACGAGGUCGUACGAGACCUUGGCGUCAUUCAUGCCUCCGAAGAGACGGUCGGCCAGCCGGCGGCCCGCCGCGAUGGCCAUCGGGGUCAACUCGACCUGAGUGGUGGUUGGGAGGAGAUCGACACAUGACACGCCAUGCGUUGAAUGGGUGUGUGUAUGUGUGUCUGUGUUGCUCUCACCUUGCCGCAGACGUCGCCCAGCGCGUAGAUGCCCUCCACAUUGGUGUUCUGGUACUCAUCGGCCUCGAUGUAGCCCUUCUUGGGCGCCUGCAUGAACAAACAGCGCACGCGCACUUGAAACUCUAUUCCAUGUGCCAGCCGGCCAGCACCUGUUUGACGCCCGCAGCCGGCAGGUUGAGUGAGUCGACGCACGGCAUCCGGCCCGUCGCCACCAGCACGGUGUCGAAGCCGCCGUGAGACUGACCGUUCUGGAGGGACAGGGUGAGGGACCCAUCGGCUUCCUUCUUGAGACCAGCGGGGGUCGAACCUGGCACACAAACAAAACGAACGACACAAGAGUGAUCAAUCUCCCUCUCUCUGUCGCUUGAAUGGUUGCUGACCAGGGUGGAGGUGCAUGCCGGCCCUCUUCAUCUCGGCGGUGAGGACGGUCUUGAGCAUGUCAUCAAAACGGCGAAGAGCAGUGUCGCCUGCACACAGACAGAUGCAGACAUACAUACCCGAUGGACCGACAUACAUACCCGAUGGACCGACCAUGUGCGUGAGGGACCCCUGGACACUCACUUAUGCAUCUCACCUCGUGUGAACAGAUGCGUCUCGCUGCCCAGGGCGUUGAAGAUGCCCGCCAACUCCACAGCGAUGUAGCCUAGCCAUACACACACACGACCGACCAGUGAGGCACUUUCCCCUCCGCUCCCAUCCCUCCCGCCCUCCCUCCCUCCCUCCCUGACCAGCGCCGAUGACGGCGACCUUCUUGGGCUGGUCCUCCAGCUCGAAGAAGCCGUCAGAGCUGAUUGUGUACUCCUCACCCGGCAGCCCGAAUGGCUGUGGGUACCCCCCCGUGGCUACGAGGACGUGGGAGGCGGUGACCUCCAGGGGGCCGCCGGCGUCGGUGGCGCGCUCGAUACGCAGACUCUUGGGACCGGUGAAGGACGCUGCCAUCCACAGACAGACAAGGAGUCACAGUGAGCCAUGGAUGUCUGGUCUCCUUGGCGCACCUUUGCCGAUGUAUUUGGUGAUGGCGCUUUUCUCGAGGUUUGUGUCGUAGAUGGUGUUGAGCUUCUUGACGUAGGCGUCCCUCUUGUGCUUGAUGGUCUUCCAGUCGAACUUGACGCGGCUCGUGUCGAUGUCGUAGCCGAAGUGGUGGGCCUCAUGCAUCAUCUCGGAGAUCAUGGCCGUGUUGAACAUGACCUUCUUGGGCACGCAGCCCACAUUGACACACGUGCCGCCCCACCGGCUGUACUCGGCCACGCCAACCUUGGCGCCAUAGCCCGCCGCCCGCCUGGCUGCCGCGAUGCCCCCAGAACCGCCACCUAUGACGAAGAAAUCGAAGUGCUCCGACAUCCUCAAGGCUGCCAACCACACACCAACAGACGAACGAGAUGCGCGUUCUGCUGCUGAAUGUGAGUGUGUGACUGCUUCUUGCUCACGCGAAGAGGAGAGAGAUCUGGUGUGGUUCUGGAGAGGCCCGAGAUGAGUGCCAAACCUUGCCAAUCUCUGAAAGGCCACUCCACAGGGAACCAUUCACAGCCCUGGCUUCUUGCUUAGUGUGUGGCCCUGUUGCUAACCCCGGCGCACCGGAGACGCUCUUGUGAGUCAAGAACAGCUUUUCCUUUCGUUAGCUCGCAGAUCCUUGGGUCCUGCCGGGAAACAUGGGGCCCUUCCAAAGGAUUGAAUCCAUUGCAAGCGUGUGUGUCAUUGCCGUUGCUUUUGACUUGCAGGAAAUGCACCAAAUAGCAUCAACAAGCAGCGUUUUCGUUGAGUCAUCCACGACGCCUGGCAAGUUCUGUGCAGACAUGUGUCACGUACAUUCACCCCUUCUUUGGUAGGACAGCUGGUGUGUGCAUGUGUGUGGGUGUUAGUGCUCGGUGUGUGUGGGUUCCGGGCACACACGUACGAGUGUGUACGAGAAGCCGGAGAAUGCACACCAUCCCCGUCCCUCAGCGUGGAAACACGACAGCCAAAAUGGCAGGUGGAAUGCAUAGGAUAGCCCACUCACUCCACAUUGGCCGGCCAGACCAACAGAAUUGGACACACAAAUGUACACGUCUCAUUGAGGAAUGUUUUGAUGUGCGGCAUGGCGUUCGAGGGAGACGGAGGGAGAGGGCGACGUCAACGAUGCCCCCACCCUGGAAGUGUUGGUGUGGUGCCCCACUUGUGCAGCAUCGGCUGCAGGAAUGGCUUGAGGUUUUUGCUGGGGAGCGGGAUGGAACUGCAGGCACACUGCCUGCCGCCCAGCCCUCAAUAGACGUCCGCACCUGCACGCAGAAAUCCACACACACCCAUAGCAGCCAGCCAGGACGCUUCACCAUCCCUCACACUCCCCGCACCCACCUG